GAUUGAGAGGCAGUGAUCAGGAAUGCAGGCAUGUCAGAAGAGAUGCAGCAAGACGCUGUGGAGUGUGCUACACAGGCCUUGGAGAAGUACAGCAUUGAGAAGGACAUUGCUGCUCACACAAAGAAGCACAAGAAGUACAAUCCCACCUGGCACUGCACUGUGAGAAGGAACUUUGGCAGCUACGUGACUCGUGAGACCAAGCAUUUCAUCUCCUUCUACCUCGGCCAAGUCACUAUUCUUCUUUUCAAGGCUGGUUAGAACCACGGACUGUU